AUACAAAAUUAUAUUAGUUUCUAUGUGAUGGUUGACCGCCGCUAAUUUAUCCUAAUGAGUGUCGGGCUGCCGACACGAAUUUAUCUCAAUUAGCCUUGGAUGACCGAUGAUAUUUAACUUUCUUUUUUCAUCCCCUGGGGAGGCUAUGCUUGGCACCUUACUUUUCAAGUUUCAUUUCCCUCCUUGCUCUCUCUUUAACUUUCGCAUUCCCUCCUUCCUCGCUCUUUGCAAUUUCAAUCUCCUCCCUUUCAAUCUCACACUACAGUGUCAUUCCCUCUUUCAUUUGCGAUUUUUCGAGUCUCAUUUUCCUUUUUACUUUCGCAUCGAACCCUACACACUCGAGCGCCCUUCUUCUUCAAUCUGUCCAACCCCUUUGUUCUUCAAUCUGUCCAAAAUCCCCUUUCCUCUUCUAUUGAAAAGCCCUAUUUGAACCCAGUUGAGCCCUAACACUGUUGAAGGCGCGCUGACGUUGUCGUGACAACUAGUUCGUUGGGUGUUAUUAUGGUGGAUUGCAAAGCGUAUCGGGAGUCUCCAUUUUCUACAAGGCGUAGUGUGCUCUGUGAGUAGUUGAUUGUUUUAGUGGAAUGGAACAGCAUGAAGCUUUCGCACGCCUGAUGGCCAGAAAAAAGAAAUUAGUAAAAGCUGGUGAAGGUACUUCCACGGCCUCCCCUGCCGUAUCGGUCGGUGGAGCCUCUCCGAUUGUUAAUCUUGAGGCUAGUGAAGAUGUGAAGGUAGUUCAACCUCCUCCCAAGAGAACGAAACAAAAGAGGAAAACCACUGAGAAAACUCCUUCUCCCCCAAAGAGACAAAAAGUGAAGGGUCCCCUGCUGACCGGUCCCUUAGACCCAAAGGUGCAUGUGACCGAUCGGGUGCAGUUCAAUUUGACCCCUGAAGAGUGAGCUCCUUUCAAAAACAUGACUCUAAGUGAGGCAUAUAACAUGGGAUAUAAGCUGAUUAUGCGUGCAGGCGUUUGCAUGAACUACGCUGCUGGUACCACCAAACCUUUGUUGGUGGUGGAAUUGGAAGCUGCCAACCAGCAAGUGGCUGAUUUGAAGAAGGACAACACUGCCUUGACCGCUCGGGUGGAAGAGCUGACCAAGGCUGCUGAGGAUGCUAAGAUUAAAGCUAAGGCUGCUCUAGACGCCUCUCAAAAGAAAGUGGUUUCUCUGCAGUCUUCGGUUGAAACUCUGCAAACUGACCUUGAUAAGGCCAAGUCCGAUAAUGCUGAACUAUUGAAGGAUAAAGUGAGUGCCCUUGCCGAACGAGACACUCUGCUGAAGGAAAAACUGGCCCUCGAGGAUCAGGUGUGCCAAGAACGUGAACUUGGAUUUCAGCAAGGUAUAGGGCAAUGUCACUACUUUUAUAACACUCCCCUCGAGGAUCCAAAUUUUGACAUCAUGAAGCUAUUCGUGGAUGGGAAGUUGGUUGAUCUUGGUGGUUCGGCUUCACCCACGGCUGAGGAAACAUCUCCUAUUCCAACCACUGCUGCACCUGCUGAUGCUACACCACCUUGAUGCAAAUUAGUCAAUGUACUUACUAUUUUGUGAUGAACUUUGUUUAUGGUCGCUUUGACUGCACUUUGUAUCUUUUAUGUUUGGUGUUAGUACUUUCCGUUUGCUAGUAGAACAACUAUGUACGCCGUCGCUUUCUCAUGAAACUUUGACUUGUGUUGCCUUAUGAUUCUGGUUUUUUCCACGUUAGAGUUUAUUGGAUAACGAUUUCUUUGAAGUUAAUUAUCUAACUUCAAACCGAUCACGUCUGCCUAUCACCCGAUCGGAGAUCAAUUUUCUGAUUUCCAAUCUUUGAAGUUAAUUAUCUAACUUCAAACCAAGCACUCCUGCCUAUCA